AUGAAGUUUAUCCUCGAUUUGUUGAAAGAAACAGGGAUGUUGGGCUGCAAACCAACAAGUUCUUCUAUUGAGCAAAACCACAAGCUAGGAGAAGAUUGUGGCCGCUCUCUUGUUGAUGCAAAGAAGUACCAGAAGCUAGUGGGGAAGCUCAUCUAUCUAUCUAUGACUCUCCCAGAUAUUUCUUAUGCAAUGGGAGUGGUGACCCAAUUUAUGUAUACUUCCAAGAGUGGGCACUUGGAUGUUGUAUACCAAUACAAAUACUUGAAGUCCUCUCCAAGGCAAAGACUAUUGUAUGUUAGGCACAAUCACUUGAGAAUAGAAGGUUUUGCACAUGCCAAUUGGGCUGGAUCCAUCUCAGAUAGAAGGUCUACAUCUGGCUAUUGCAUAUUUGUAGGUGGUAAUUGGGUCAUAAGGAGAAGCAAAAAACAACCUGUGGUAGCUAGAUCCUGUACAGAGGUAGAAUUUAAGGCUAUGACUCAUGGAGUCUGUGAGCUCAUAUGGUUAAGAUGA